AUGAUCACGACUUCCCUACAGCUGCUUCUGUUGAGUUGGCUGUUGUCUCUCACGGUGAUCCAAGGUCACUCUUGGCGGCACUUCGCCGUAACGAAUCAUCCGCUCUUUGGUGUGCAGAACGGAAAUUUCCGUGCCUCUAUCGGCAGCACUGUAGAUGACGAAGACUAUGAACGAGCGGAACGAGCCAUCUUUCAAGGCAUCCAAAAAGCAGAAAGAAAGGUUCUCAAGGCCAUGGAUGACAAGGUGCGCGUAGUGCUUGACAAGAGUACGGCCAAGGCAGUGCUCUCUCGAGUUUUGGAUGCCGAAGAAGGUGAUGAGCACCUCCUUCUCCAGGCAUUGGAAGCUGCCGAACAGGCUGUCAUUCUUGCUGUGGAAAAGGAGGUGGGAACGAUAUUUCAUGCUUUGCAUGAGGACAAAAAGCCAUCGUCACAAGAAGAUUCUGCUGCUGUCAUCUAUUCCUCUUCAAAGCCGGAUAAACCUGUUUCUCAGCCUAUGGCCCCUUCCAAAGCUACCCCGCCCAAAACUUUCUUCUUCAAAUCGCCUGUGACCAAGGAUGCCUCUGUCGAGGAGAAAGAGCUCGAUCCAUGGAUGGAAGCUCUUGACAAACACAAACGAAUGGACGAAUUCCUCCAGUCUCUGGACUUGCAAGGCGUUGGUGGGAAUGUUGGUGACUAG